AUGGCAACACUCAAGGAUCUCGCAUCACCACAAUUGAACACUCAACCUUUGUGUAUUCAAUUGCACGAAGAAAUUGAGUUGAAACCAACUUUUCUCAACUCAUUGCCCAAGUUCCAUGGUUUAGCGGGGGAAGAUCCAAACCGUCAUCUCCAAGAAUUUCACAUGGUACUUGUAAGUGUGAAGCCAAAGGAAGUUGGAACCGAUGAUGCUAUGCUUAGAGCAUUCCCAUUUUCUCUUGUGGAUAUGGCAAAGGAGUGGUUUUACAGUCUCCCAGCAGGUAGUAUUACUACAUGGAACGGUAUGAAGAAACUCUUUCUUGAGAAGACAAUGAUUGAUGCUGCAAGCGAUGGAGCUUUAGUUGACAAGACACCCGCACAAGCAAGAGCUUUGAUUGAGAAUAUGGCAUCUAAUUCGCAGCAAUUCUCCACCCGAUCAGAAACUCUUUUUAAGAAGGUUAAUGAGGUUGGUGAAGCUUCUCAUAUGGAACAAAGGAUGUGUAAUAUGGAGAGGAUGAUGCAACAAAUUUCUGCAGUGAUUGUUCUAUCGCAUGAAAGCAAUAUGGAGCACGCAAAUGCUAUGUACCAAAAUCAGCAAAGGCCGAGGUAUGAUCCGUACUCCAACACAUACAAUCCGGGUUGGCGAGAUCAUCCAAAUUUCAGCUACGCCAACAAGCAAGCUGCAGCAAAUCCUACUUUCAAUCAACAAGGAGGCUAUCAAUUCAUGCAAAGACCACAACAAGAAACUCAAAGCACAAGUGUGGAUGAAAAAUUUGCUCUUAUGAUGCAAGGUAUGCAAGAGAUUUCAAAGUCAGUGCAAGGGUUCAACCAAUUCCAGCAGAAAUCCGAGAUGGCUAUGAGAGAUGUGCAAAACCAAGUUAGUCAAUUGGCUAAUGAUAUAAAUCUACUCAAAGCACAAGGGUCUGGAAAACUUCCUUCGCAACCGUUGAGCCAUAAAGAGAACGUCGAUGCUAUUGAGCUAAGAAGUGGGAAGCAAGUAAAUCAACCGACAACAUCAUCGGAGCACCAUGAAUCUGUUUUGGAGCACCAAGAGGAUGAAACAGUCCCUAACAAGGCUGAUUUGGUAACAAAUUUUAACUCUAAACCUCUUGUUUCUACUAAUGUCACUUCUCCUCCUUUUCCUAGUAGGUUUGCAAAGUCCAAGAAGGAGACACUAUACAAGGAUAUUUAUGAGAUCUUUAAGAAUAUUCAAGUGAACAUACCACUUCUUGAGGCGAUAAGGCAAGUUCCUCGCUACACAAAGUUUUUAAAGGAAUUGUGCACUAACAAGCACAAAUUGGUCGGUAAUGAAGUUAUGUAUGUGGGUGAGAAUGCUUCCGCGUAUCUUCAAAAGAAACUUCCACCAAAAUUGAAGGAUCCCGAUAGUGACAACCAGGAUACCGGUAUUAUUAUUCAACUUGCUGAUAGGUCCACUACUUACCCGAAAAGGGUUGUGGGAGAUGUUUUAGUGCAGGUUAACGAGCUUAUUUUUCCUGCAAAUUUUUAUGUUCUAGAAAUGAGGGAUGAAUAUUCACCCUCGUUUACACCUUUGCUGUUGGGUAGACCUUUCAUGAGAACUGCUAGAACUAAAUUUGAUGUCUUUAAAGGCACAAUAAGUAUGGAGUUUGACGGUGAACCCAUAAGUUUCAACAUCUUUGAGGCUAUGAAAUAUCCUAGUGACGUACAUUCCUGUUUUUCGGUUGAUGUGAUAGAUUCUUUGUCUCAACAAGUGUUUGAGUUAGACGGUGAUGCAUUAGAGAAAUCCAUAUGA